UGCUUGUUUGGCUCGAACUCCCAAACAUUCCCCCUUUUUCUGCACUAAUAUUGAACUGUGUGUCUCGGGCGAGAGAUGUCAUCGUCACCGCCGCUUUAAUCAUCUUAUUCUACGGCUCGAUUUGAAUAAACAGUGUCUGUCUACGACUACGUAUAUAGUGCCACAGAAGUGCAUUUGCUUAAAGCUGAUUAUAGUUGCAGAUUAUAAGUUGCGUGUUCAGUCAGUCAGUGCGCUACUGUAGGAGACAUCUCUAGCAGCUGAGUUUUGCCAAGAAGUUUUGUUGCUUUAGUUGAAGGUUGCAGAACUUGGCAAUAGAGCAACCGGAUUUGGGAUUGACCAAACCCAGAGGACAUCCAAAGCACCGUUACACCAGAUCGAUGAUCAACGCCGGUCCAUAAUCCCGGAGUUCCGCUCGAUUGACCCCCGCGGGGGUCGCUGAAAGAAUCUCACCUAACGCUCACAUCGCGCGAUCAUCGGUUCCGGACGACGGAUCUGUUGUUGAUCGUGAGGCAGCCGCCGCUCUCUCUCUCUCUCUCUCAAAAGCUUUCUCGAAAAGACCACGAUCGCGCGCGCGCGCGGGGAAAGAGAGAUCUCGUUGACGUGAUCGCGUUGGGUCGCGUUGGGUCCUCGGAGCUGGAGUGGGCUUAGUUACGGUUGGACAUUCCAGUGGGCAACAUAACGCAAGGAAACGACGGUGAUCGCGGAAAUUUUUUGUUUGGGAAUGAUCUGAGAGAGGAGUAGGAAGAACUAUGGAGACGAAUCUAAUACGCGUGCUGGAGGGUCAGUAUUUGGACGAGCUGACCAGUGAGUUGUGUGACUUUUCGUUGGAGGAACAGAAUGCGGCCACCGAGGCGCAAGGUGUGAAGCCGUUGGCGUCUUCGGACUACGUCCCGGUCGUGGGCAAGUCGGUGACGUACGUGGUGGCCUGUAUCAUCGUGAACGACAAGAACGAAGUGUUGAUGAUGCAGGAAGCGAAGGAAUCGUGCGCUGGCAAGUGGUACCUACCUGCGGGUCGCAUGGAACCCGGUGAGACCAUCAUGGAAGCUGGAGCCCGAGAGGUGCUCGAAGAAACGGGACUCAAGGUGGACAUUACAACACUGCUGGGCGUGGAGUCUGCCGGGGGUUCUUGGUUCAGGUUUGUGCUCACAGGUCGAGUGACGGGUGGUGAGCUCAAGACACCCUCCCAAGCGGACCAAGAAUCGAUCCAAGCCAAGUGGAUCGACAACCUGAACGAGCUAAACCUGAGGGCAAACGACAUUCUUCCGAUAAUCGACCUGGCCCGUAACCACCGCCGACGCCUUCCCAAAGAUCCCAGCUGGCACCGGGACAUCCUACCGGCGAAGAAAGCUCACUACAAGAACUACCUGCGGAUAGUGGUCGCUAUCAAGAACAAAACCAGCCAACAGGUGUACGUUCUCCUGAGCGAAAAGACGGCCUACCACUUCCCUACCGUUGAGAUCCACCCUGGCCGGAGUCUUCACUCAACCCUGAAGAAGUUCAUGAUCGAACUCUUUGGCGCAGAUCUGCCCCAGCACCGCCCACACGGUGUCCUCAGCGUGGAACACCACGCCACGAACUCCCAGCCCAACCCAACCGACGGCAUCUGCAUAACCCUGCUGGUCAUCUGCCGGCCCUCGAUCGAAAGCGUUUCCCUCAUCGGCAAGUGCAUCUGGCACGAGCUCAACAAGGAACUCAGCGCCCGGCUCGCGAUGACCGUAGCGGCCAAAAAUUCCACCCUCCUGCUCCACGUCGUACGAUAGUGGAAUCCCUAAUGUGGCGCAGAAAUUGACAAACGCAGAUAUAGGAGUACCGUUUUGCACGCCAGUGCGCGCGCCGAUUAUAACCAAUUUUGUACCCACGGCGGGCACCAGUUUUUUUAGUACCCAGAGCUCGAUUUGUAAGUGAAAUCGCGCGCGGUGCGAAAAGAAAUUGUUUUAAUUCGCACGGGAAACCGUGAGGUGGAGGGAGUUGGUCAACAAGUCUUCAUAAAACAAAUAGUUUGAAUCUCUAACAUAAUCUCAUCAAAUCACAGUGCAGCACAGGUUAGAUUACGCUUUGCCUUCUUAGCAAUACACAACAUUUGUCAAGACAUUUAUAGUGUGCCAUUGCAUUGCAAACGUCAAAGUGGCCAGGCAUACUAUGUGAAGUUUACCGCAGACAUGAAUCAUUGAGCUAGCUUGAGUAUGAGCAAUUUUUCUCCAGAUCAAUCUGCGUCAAAAAAACAUAAAAAUCACCCCAAAAAACAGUGACCAAACUCCAUCCCCGCACGGUACCCUGCCGCGAGAAGGUCGUAAAAUCCGGCUUUUUUGUUGUUUUUCAUUACAUUUUGUUUUUCGCGAUCGGAAUCUCAAAAAAAAGGCAGCAAUGCGCGCCCGUUUUCAGGUGGUGCGACUAGAAACAAAAGUGAGUCAACGAUCACCGCGAAGAAAGGGGCACAAGUGAUCGGGCAAGAGAAGAAGUAAAAAGAAAAAAAAAUGAUUGAAUCAAAGAGAAGCGAAAAUAACAAGAAAAAAAAAGUCUGAAACACACGAAGGAAAACUGUUAAUUUAGCACCCGCGUGCGAGUAAAUGGUACAAGAGAUCUUCGGCGAUGGUGGUGGUGGAGAUUCGGAAAUUUAGGUGGAACGCGAUGUGCUCGAAAUCUGGGUAAAAGAAAAAGUUCGGAAACAAAAACACAACAAACAAA